UGUAGGCAAUUCGAAGCCGCCGGAUAGGGCACUUUCGCAUCGCAUCACGUGGGCACAGUUCGUAUCGUGCAUUGAAAUCUUUCAAAAGUCUUGCGUAUCGCGUAUUUACCGGCGUGCUUUACUUGUUUCGGGUGGGCCUCGUAGAUACCGAAGCUACGUUCAAAAAAGUUUUGGAGUUUUCCUCUGGUAUAUACGAUAAUUUGUAGGCAGCAUGACCAAUGUUACUUUGUUGUUGCUCCUAUGCUUAGGCGAGCGGAUGCUAUGCUGCCCUUUGCCAGAUCUUCCAAGGAACGUAGUGUACGCACAAGAAGAGAUCCCGAAAAAUGUCACUGCUGGCACGGAGGUAAAGUACGCCUGCAAGAAGGGCUUUCAGAUGCUGGGCAGGAAUCAUCGUGUGUGCUUGACCAGUGGCCUCUGGCAUCCCCAAGGCCUUCCUUAUUGCGUCGCUGAUGUGGCGGUGGCCAAGGAGGUGCAUUCGUCGCAGCCGCUAAGCGACCCAAAGUUGGCCAUGGACGGGAACCGAACGACGUGUGGCGUGACGCUCACUCACUUGUCUCCUUGGUUCAUGGUUGACCUUCGGUAUGCACUUCCCAUCAGCGUGGUGAAACUUGACUUGCCAGCUUCCACCGUCGCAGUCUCAUUGAUGGUGCGCGUCGGUAACUCGUCCACGGCCUUCCACAACUCAGUGUGCAACGUCUUCAAUGGAUAUGUCAAGCCCGGCCGUUCUCUGUACUUGCCCUGCUCCUCUGCGAACCGUGGCCGUUUCGUCAGCUUCCACAUCAACGAGUUCGGCUCGCUCUCUAUCUGUGAAAUUGCCGUGUAUUCCGAAGUAGUCGACGUUGAGGACAUGGAGGUUACCACCAUUCGCUCGUCUGACACGCCUACCCAGCCGCCCAGCCCUAAAGGUGGCGGGCUUGGACUGAAGGGACUGACGGGCAUAGGACUCGGCGUAUUCGUGCUAAUUGCCCCUAUAUGUUGCUGCUGUUGCUGCCAGCGGUGUACUAAAUGUUGCUUCAAGAGAGCUAGGGUCAACAGAGUUCUCACAGGCGUCGAGAACAACGUGUUCGUGGUGUGCGAACACCCUAUGUCUCACAUGUACGCGAAUUCAUGGAACGACCUUCGCCGCGAUGGCACUGUUCCUACGGGUGCGAGCGGGGCCACCGCGAGGUUGAAAGACGUUCGCACGCUUUCUCCAGCAGACAGUUUUUCUGACGUGGACCUGAGCAGCCCGUAACGGCAGUGUGUCAAGUUCGCUGUGUGACGCAUCACUGAAAGUUCAAGUUUGUUGCUAGCUUUCGCUGCACUCGCAAACUACGUUGCAUUCAUUUUAUUACCAUUUAUUCAUGACAUUUUUAAUGGAAUUAGGAGCAUGAGCAGUGUGGUCGCAGAAGCUCGGAAUGUUACGUGCGACAGUUUUUACGAAAGUUUUUAGCGUAUGAUAAAUUUGUCCAGCAUGCUUGAUUUUAUGCUUUGUUCCCAUUAGACGACAGGGUAGCGCACGUAAUGCUUUGUACACUGUUACCACGAUAGGAUUUUAAUCAUUUUUUCGGUUGUGCUUGUUGUGCCACACAACAAUGCAUCUUGUAAUAAAAGAUGGCGCAGAUUUUUCGAGUAUAGACUUUGAACAAAUGUGAUGGGACAUGCUUGGACCAAGGUUUACUUAUCUCUCAUUUCGUCGUUCACUAAACGCCACGGUACGAAGUCUUAACAAGAAGGUAUCUCGAACAUACUGAUUUAU